GUUCCAGCAAGAUCACAGGACUCCAUCAUCACCAGCAUGGCCGCGACCUCGAUGCACUGCAGCACCGAGCUGUAUGAGAAGCUCUUUGCCGAGGACUACGUCAGCCGCUGCCUCGACAGCGGCGUCCGGCCCGACGCGCGCAAGCUCCUCGACGGCCGUCCCGUCAGCAUGAACCGCACCAAGGCCGGCGCCUGCCUCGUCAAGCUCGGCCACUCGAGCGCGCUCGCCACGAUCCAGUUCGCCGUCGGGACACCCGCCAUCGCGACGCCCGACCAAGGCGAAGUCGAUCUGCAAGUGUUUUUGACGGGCGUGUGCCAGAGCAAGUUCUCGACGCAGCGCACGACCGACGAAGCGCAGAGCUUGAGCAGCUUUCUGAGUCGGACGCUCAUCGGGUCGCAGGUGAUCAACCUCCGCGAUCUCUGCAUUGAGAGCGGCAAGUGCGCAUGGAAGCUCAUCAUUAGCGUGCUCUUCCUCGACCACGACGGCAACGCCUUGGACACGGCGUUCCUCGCGACCAUGAUGGCACUCCGCGACUUGACGUUCCCGGCCAUCACCGUGUCGUCCGACUUUGUCGUCUCGCUUGCUCCGGAAGGCACGGACGGGCUGCCGUUGCCGGUGCACCAGACGCUUGUCCCGACAACCUUUGGCCUGUACAAGGACCACGUGCUGCUGGACCCGACGGCGCAGGAAGAAGACGUGCUCCGGGGCACGGUCACGAUCCUCUACAACACCAACGGCGAGUUUUGCGGCGUGUACAAGGCGGGCGGGAGCCUCAUUGCGGGCGAGACGCUCACGCGCUGCAUGAAGCUCGCACGCGCGCGGACGCUCGACACGGCGGCGCGCAUGCAGCAGCACUAAGCAUGGCCUAAGAACGAUGACUUCUUCUGCGCGUUGCGAUGGAC